GAGUUCUAACGGCCACGAUGAUGACGGUGGUGGUGACGUAGUGCCUCACUUCUCGUGUUGGCAUCUGAGCAGAAUUUGAAACUGAAGAACACCGGGGGGACAAGAGCUGAAUCACAGAAUCCAAAACCGACUUGCCUCAGCAUGAAUUAGCAAGAUAAGCGCGUUUACUCUCCGUUCAGCUUCAUUCAGAGUUUAUUACAGAUAGUUUGUCAGUUGAACUACAGCUGUUGUUCCCGUGAGAAGAGGAAGAGGGUGUCCGUUCUAACUUAGUGUCGUGAUUUUGUCCUGCGUGAAAGGAAGCGCUGUCCGUCGGUCGGUUUGUAUUUUGAACAAAAUGAGUCGAAUCUCUAUGUACAUUCGUUUAAAUAAAGGACAGAGUGUAAUCCAAGAGUUUUAGCGGAAUCUUUGAGGGCUAAAUGAGCUAAUCUGCGCUAGCUAGAGGCUCUUAGCAUCAGUUGUCGUGUUCAAACUCAACUGAACUCACUCCAGUUAAGCGAAUUUAUUUAUUGUCAACACUUUUUGCAUAACCGCGGCGCGAACUAAACUCUCGUUCUGAAGACGUUUCACCGUUUUCGGCGUGAACACCGUCAAGAGGCCGGUGGCAGUGGGUGUUUUUUCCUGGUGGUGACUCUGAACAUGAGCAGAGUGCUGGUUAAGUGAUAAUAGCAGUCUGUACUCUUCACUGGACACUCGCUGGUGGUGAUGGCCCGGAGGAGGCUGGACAGUCGCAGUGGAUCCUCGGCUCUGCUGUCAGAGAUCCACACUCCCGUCCACACGGAUCCUCUGGACGCCGUGUUUGACAUGAGCAACGAACUUGGCAGGGGGAAGUUUGCAGUGGUGAAGCGGUGUGUGGAAAAGGCCACAGGGAAAGUCUUCGCUGCAAAGUUCAUCAAGAAACGGCGACGAGGUCGCGACUGCAGGGCGGAGGUUGUUCAUGAGAUUGCCGUUCUAGAGGCAGCGAAGAACAACCCUCGUGUGGUGAACCUGCAUGCUGUAUAUGAGACCGAUCACGACCUCGUUCUAAUGCUGGAAUAUGCGGCAGGUGGAGAGAUAUUUGACCACUGUGUGUCAGAGGAGCUGCUUCCUGAAGGUCAGAUCACCCGUCUGAUCAGACAGAUGCUUGAAGGCGUUCACCUACUCCACCAGAGCAGCGUGGUCCACCUUGACCUGAAGCCCCAGAAUAUUCUCCUGACCAGUCUGAGCCCAAUGGGGGAUAUAAAGAUAGUGGAUUUUGGGUUGGCCCGCAAGUUGGGUUCUUCUGGGGAGCUCAGAGAGAUUCUGGGAACCCCUGAGUACGUAGCCCCUGAGAUCCUGAACUAUGAACCAAUCACCACAGCAACAGACCUCUGGAGUGUGGGUGUGAUCACCUAUAUGCUGGUGACAGGAGAGUCUCCCUUUGCUGGCGAGGAUAAACAGGAGACCUUCCUAAAUGUGUCCCAGGUGAACGUGGACUACAGCAGAGAGGCCUUCUCAAGGGUGUCUGAGUUGGCUGUCGACUUCAUCCAGAAACUGCUGGUCAAAGCACCAGAGGAUCGUCCCAGUGCAGCCGACUGCAUGACCCAUCCCUGGCUAUGGCUCCACUCUUCAGGUUUUGAUCCGAUCCCCAUGACCCCACGCACUCCCCGGGAAAGGAGUUUCGGGGGGAAGUGGUCCGCGCCACCCGAGGACCCUGAAGACAAAGAAAACAUUCUGGACUCGCCAUAUAUCAAGAGGUUUCGUUUUGAGGAGGACAUGUCAGCCACGGCCGACGGUGACCACUUAUGCUGAUCCUAAAGGGAAAUGCACUUGCACUGAAUAGCAUUGUCACAAUUUUGGUCCUUGAGUACAUUUCCCCACACGGCACCAGCAAACAUGCUACUUUUUCACCAUCCUUUGGUUGACCAAAGAUGAUCUUUUCACAAAAGGGCCAAAUCUGGUGUAAUAUUAAUACUAUAAUAGUAAGAAAUAUCUAUGUUGCUGUACUGUCUCAAGAUUUUUGUUUUUCCUGUCACAUUUGGAUUUUAAAUUAUUAAUUUGAAUAUAUUUUUAUUUUAAUUGCCAUUCAGUAUCAAUUUAAUGUUCUGCAGAUUUUAGCCCAUAUUAAUCUCGACGCUAAUUCCAUUAAAGCAACAAUAAGGGAUUUGAAAAAGACAGACACUUGAGAGCAGCAGGGCAUUCAGUGGUUUUUAAUUCUGCUUUAAUGAAGGACGAGAUUUGUUUAAGCAAACUAAUGUCAGUCUUUGUUCUCUGUGUCUCAAUGUCAGAGGGAGUUCUGUUUGUAUGAUUAGACCUUGUUCAUUCAAAAACACCUUGUUAGACUGUCUGUUAAAAAGGUUCAGUACAGGAAUGCCCUCGGUGUAUGGGUGUGUGUUUUGUCUUGCAUCUUCUCCUUUCGUGUGGUAUUGACACAUUAGUGGGCUUCGUAAAAAAAUAUGACUCAACACACACACACACACAACACACCCUGGAUUACACAAAUAUGUGUUUAUGAACUUCCUUCUAGAGGAUGACUAAAGAAAUGCAGGAAAGCACUUAAACCCUCUAUUGUAUGUGUUUGUUUGACUAAAAUAUGAGAAAAUAUUUGUAACAGCAUUAGAUUUAGUGAAUCAAAUGUAUCUAUUGAUUUUAAAAUGAUCCAUGUUUUUAAAUAUUUCUUUUUUUACUGCCAACGUAUUGUGUAAUAAACUGUUCCAUUCUAGCAUUACCCUAUGGCAGGCGCCUAAUAUCACAUUGCCUGUGAUGGCCUAUGAUAUACAUAAUCUUAAAAUUACAGUUUUUAUCUAUGCACCAAUCUGAGGUAACUCAGGGUUUUGUUACCUUUUUUGUACAGGUGUUUUUGAGCUAAUGCCAUUAACUGAUGGAGGUUUCAGUACUCGUUCAUUCUGAGCCUUAUUCUCAGGGUUAGCUGUAACUGCAGUUUACCGGUGUAUAUUUCUCGAGUGCCUUUGUGUGCAUUUUUUUCCUCUAUGCUUGAGCUGUACAGCCUCACUUGAUUUCAUGUAAUAUCAGUGCAGCACAUUUAUGUGGAUGUAUUAUUAUUAAUGUUUACCUUGUUUUAAUUGAGAUACUGGUACACCCUUUAAACUGAUUUCCUGGUGUGAAGUAAAUUAUUUGUGUGGACUCAUAUAUGCAAUGGGAUUUAGAAAGGAAAACAGUGUUAAAGUUAUAUUUAUGGUCUUUGUAUAUGUAGGGCAUGAAAACAUGGGUUAUUGAUGUUGGCUGUUAUUGAUGAAAUGAUAUGGUUAUGGUCGGAUAGUGAAGUAUGUUUGGUUGUAAUGAAAGUACAAAGUUUGAAUUCUGGAAUGAAGGCAAAUGAAUGUUAUUGUGAUGGAAAAUGGUUUGGACGAAAGAUUCAUCAGAAAGUGUGCAGUAAUGCAACAUAUGAGGGUUGGCGAAAUAAUAUAACUCGCACUGCUGAGGAUUUAUUGGUUUAAUAUAGUUGACCGCUUUUCUGAGUGGCUGUUAGAACUGGAAAUAUUAGUAUUGCAGAAUUCAGUCUUGAAGGUCGAGCCCUUCAGUUAUUGUUCUGUUUAAAGAGGUGUGAAGAGCUCAUGUGUGUUUGUGUGCUCAGGGCCUUACGGUUUCCCAGAGAUGUCACCAGUCUGCAAUCAUAAUAGAGCUAUUGUCUCCUAAGACGGGAGGCUCUUGUCACGGUCGUGUGCUCACUGUAUUCCGUCAUCUUAAAGGAAAACUUGAAUCUAUUCCUUGCCUGGGAAACAGCCUCAAUAAUGUUUAAGGGCCAUGAGGUAUUUGAAGCUUGAAUUCAGUAGAGAAUAGGCCAGGCUUUGGAGUGCAUUUCUGAGCUGUUACUGUGGUAUUUGCAGAAAGCUUGUGACAAACAUUGUAAAGACACUUUAAGGGAUAAACUUUGUUGAUUGUCUUACUAUCUUAGUCAAAACUUAUAAUGGAAGAUGCUUUAUUUCAUGAUGAAAACUGUGUAUUUUGAGUUAUAUGUACCAUAAUAAAUGACGUUCAAUUGAUUUACACAAAUUCUAAUAAAGCCAUUGAGAGGCUAGAGUUGUAAAGGAUGUACCCUUAAUAUAGAUUUUGUAUGUUGUUGAUUUAUGACCAAUAACAAACAUUUACAAUUUUGUUUUUAAAAUAUGUCCCUCAUGCUAUGACAUUGAUUUCCUGAAAUAAUAAAAAAGGAAAAUCUAAAAUUUA